AUGGCCAUCACCUACGAAAGUACCUCACGCGGCCAGUCAGUGGUUAUUGUGACCUUAACAACAAUCGUGUUAACUACCAUAUUCGUCUUCGCCAGGCUUGUAAGUCGCUUGGGUAUACUUAGGACACGCACAGCGGACGACUGGUUUAUAAUUUUAGCUUGGGCUCUUGCUCUUGGCUUAAGUAUCUCGGUCAUAUAUGGGAAUAGUGAAGAACUGGGUCAACAUGAAGCUCAUGAACCCACCGAAUGGUUGCCAUUAUUGCGACGAAGCGAGUACGCUUUUACCAUCCUCUACAACCCAGCAUUAAUGGCAACUAAGACCUCGAUUCUCAUACUAUAUUUACGCAUGGCAAAGAAUACUCAGAAACUGUUGCGCGUAGCAUCUUAUGUUACUCUCGCCCUCGUCAACAUCUCUGGCGUAAUUCUUACAUUUCUCAAUGCCUUCCAAUGCGAUCCGCCCAAUGCUGCUUUCAAUUUUGUCCGCACUGCCGAGUCGUGUAAUUCUAUCGUCACUCUAUACCUCUGCUCAGCUCCUGUCAACAUCUUCACCGACCUCACGAUCCUCGUACUUCCUCUCCCUGUCCUGACUAGCAUGCGGCUACCACCAAGGCAAAAGUCAGUGUUGGUGGCUACAUUUGCUCUCGGAAUUUUUGUCACAAUCGUGGACGUCGUAAGAAUAUAUUACCUGCAGGAAACAAGACAUAGUCAGAAUCUUCAGACCUCUAGGCUUGGAACAGUUGUCGACUUCGCUUGGAAUGCCGGAACAGCAUUUAUGUGGUCUGCUGUCGAGGUUAAUGUUGGUAUUAUUUGUGCAUGCAUUCCUACUCUAAAACCAUUGAUCAAAAUGGUUUUGCCUGCGAUGAUACUUGGGGCUGGUGAAAUUUCUUCGUCAGAGAAGACCUCUUCCAUACCGUCUCCUACUCAGCAUCUAGACGAUGCGUGUCCAUCAUUUUUUUCAGCGGAUGACUCAACGGUAGACCGCCCUCCUCCGGUAUUUACUACGGAACCUCCUCGUAAUGGAGAUGAUCAGUUUAACUUUAUGAUCUUCCAAUCGACUUCUCUCAGUAUGGACCUCGGCCCGGGCACUGUAAAUUUGAGUCAAUCGAAUCAAAUUUGCGACUCUGAGCCGACAACUCACUAUGGUUUCGUCAAUAUGAAUCACCCAAAGACCAUGUUGAAUAUCCAUGGCUGGGAAAGCUUCAAGUACUGCUGCCUUGUCACCAUGCUUUUUUUUCUAUGGGGAUUUUCUUACGGGCUUCUGAACUUACUGAACAAUGCGAUUUCUUCCGUGACUCAGCCCCAUAUCUCGCACACGCUGAGUCUCAGCACGGCAUAUUUUGGUGCAUACUUUCUAGGCGCGCUGACUGUUGGGCAAUUUGUUCUACGUUUUGUGGGGUUCAAAGCGACCUUUAUUACAGGUCUUACCAUUUAUGGCACAGGAACCUUGAUCUUUUGGCCCUCUGCUGUUCUAAAUUCAUAUCCAGGAUUCGUACUUUCUAACUUUGUCGUUGGAUUUGGACUUGCCGUCCUAGAAACUGCUGCGAACCCUUUCAUAAUCCACUGCGGUCCACGAAGCAUGUCCGAGUUUCGCUUACUAAUCGCACAAGGUGUUCAAGCGACGGCUACUAUAUUAAGUCAACUUUUGGCUGAAAAAGUAUUGUUUGAUGAUAUCACUUCCUUAAUUGACCUACAAUGGACCUACCUAGCUGUCACGCUGUUUACGGUAAUUUUAGCUCUAUUUUUCUACUAUUUGGCUAUUCCCGAAAUCUCGGACGAUGAACUGGCAUUACAAGCUGGAAGCGAUGCAAUAUUAAUAACCCCGGAGAAUUUCGCACACUCAGGUCGGACUUGGUGGCAUAGGUUUAUGGCGACUUUGACUUCCUUCUGUGCCCGAUUUAUGCCCAAGACACUCCUUCUAUGCAUCAUUGCUCAGUUCCUCUACGUUUCUGCCCAGGAAUCCUUGUCAAUAUUUUUUGUGCCUCUCUUGACUAGCCUACCAAAACUUUCAACACCUCUCGCCUUGUCAUUUACAAACUACAAUCUCCUUGGGCAUUCACUAUUCGCACUCGGUAGAUUCACCUUUGCACCACUUUGCCUCUUUAUCGCACCCCGGCUUCUUCUCCUAACGGCAUUCCUUCUUUCGCUCUUCUUCGCAACGUGCUCUGCUCUAUUACCUAUCACGGAGAUAUCUGACAAGGGCUCUUUAAACUACAGGCCUACAACGGCGAUACCGACAACAGCUCUUCUUCUAUUCUUUUCCGAAGCUCCUAUAUUUCCACUUCUUUUCACGAUGGGCUUGCUGCCACAGGGAAGAAAUUCAAAGCGUGGAGCAGCAUUAUUGACAGCUGCAAUAAGCGGAGGAGGGGCUUUCCCUUGGGUAAUGCUAGCAGUAGAGAGCCUUCAUGGAGGAACCGAACAAUCAAGGUUCUGGGUUCUAGUGGCUCUAUUCACAACAGGUACCGGUAUUAUUGCGCCAAUUGUAGGGAUGAAAGGAUUUAUGAGGAAAGAGGAGGAACAGAGCAAUAACCUAUCUGAACGCUCCGACAACCACGAAAUGCGGAAUAAUAUGUUGACUAGUGGCAUUGAUCUAAUUUCUAUUCGAAAUAAGAAGUCCUCAUAUGUCGAUCGAUUUUCAAGUAUCAAAAGAUUAGCCAUGCAAAAUCAUAACGCAAUUAACUUUUCUCAAACACCUAAAAAUGGUAGCAGCAGCGGUGAUUUGACUAAUAACAUAAUCGAUCUUCACGCAACAAGCUCCUCUCACCAUGAUCCCUCUCUCUUCUCAACAACAUCGUCGACUCCCUCAUCUUCAACAUACGUCCAUCUUCCCGCGCACCACCACAAUUUUCUUCAUGAAUCUGCCUAA